AUGAAACUUUGCACUUCUAAUAAUUCUACUCUACAAGUAAAUAUAAAAAAGUAACAGUACUUCAGACUACUGAGGACCAGCGUGCAGGUGAAGGCCGAGAUAUGAGAGGAAAAUACUUCUUCCAACUCUCUUUACUUACUGAGCUCGCUCCAAAAGUCAAAGCAGGCGUUUGUGGUCAAAAGACACAUACCUAAAUGGAUUGACCGCGGAAAAAGCUUUACCUAUGAACUAGGCUGACGUUACAGUGCUUGUGGUCAACUCAAGUUGCUGUAUCUGUUACUAAUGGGGACAUGUAAUGACGUUCCUAUUAAAGCUUGUGCAAGAGCUAGCUACGCGUUGUGCCGACCGUUUAAUUUGAAUAUUUUUGGUAAUACUUCUAUUUGGAAUAAUUUGUUUUUUCUAAGCUUAUUUUAAUGAAUUAAGUUUUACAUUUUCUCGAAUUCUAAUUUUCAACAUCGCUUGCUAUGGGGAUACGCUCCAGCUUGGUUUAACGCUAAAGCCAUUCUUUCAGUAUUUGAAAAAGUUGCCUGAUUACAAAUUAAGUUGCAUUCUAAUUUUAGGUUUGAAUUGGAAGCAACAAGAAUAAGACUAUUAUCUAUUCUAAUAUUUAUCUGCACAAAAUCACGUCCUAUCUCCAUUUGCCUGAAAUCCUCUCUCAAAUCGUGUCAACAGAAUAAUAUACCCAAGGUUUUUAAUCCAACAAAGAUUUUCUUUUCAAAUUUUGUGCAUUAUGUUAUUAACGUUAAGGCGGAAAAGCUUGAGAGGUUUUAUGUAGAAGUGAUGUUUCCAUUUGGCUCGCGUUCACCUUUAUCUCAGUUCCAAAAAAAGCUUCGUCUCUGGUUUCGAAGGGAAAAUUUCAUGAGCUUCCAUAAUAUCAAAAAAGUCAUGCUCAAAAGAAAUCUUGAAAAAAAGACAUAAUAAAAAGGUUAAACUAAUACGUUACGGUUACCCACGAGAGGUUCAGCGCGGUGUCUUUAAUUUGCGAAAGUCCUUAUCCAUGCCAAGUUUAACGUUUUAAACCCUAAGAUCUAAAUUAAAAUUCUCCUUUGUCGCACCUAUUCAUUUCUUUACUAUAGAAGUAGUGGGGAGAAGUUGAUAAAAUAUCAAGCAAAUUCAUCUUGUGUGAUCAUAUCCUUAAUUCUCACAACCUCUCAGUUUUACAAAGCAUUCCUAUUACAAGGAGAAAUUUGAUGCUGAUAACUCUUAGGGUUUAAAGGGUUAAGGAUGGAUUGACUCCUUACAGUCUACUGUUUCAUCAAGCGAUUGCCGAUGACGAUGAAGACAAUGAUGAUGAUGAUGAUGAUGAUGAUGAUGGUAAUGACGACAACGGUUUUAAUGGUGAUGAUGAUGGUGAUAAUGAUAACAACAAUGAUGAUGAUAAUUGUGAUGAUGGUGAUGAUGAUGGUGGUGGUGCUGUUGGUGACGAUGAUGAUGAUGAUGAUAAUGAUGGUGAUGACCUUGCUUCGUUAUAUCGACAUACACAAACGGGAAUAGAGACACGCACACCCAUUUGGUGA